AAUACUAAUUAAUAAAUUCAUUUGAUGCAUAGCGUUGUUCAUAUGGGUCUCAUCGAUUUGGUUAGCCCUGUGGCAAGUGCUGUGGCACCUUAUCUGGUGGAUCCAGUCGCACGCCAAUUCAAGUACUUGUUCUUGCUCAGCAACAAUGUCAAUGCCAUGACCGAUGCCAUGGAUGAACUGAGAGCCAAGAGGGAGAGCACUAUCCAAGACAUCCGUAACGCUGAGCUAGAAGGCAAAGCAUGCUCCCCAGAAGUAGCGCUUUGGCUUCAAAAGGUGGACACCGGUGAGCUUGAAGUGGCUGCCAUCAAACAAGCAUUUGAUCAAAGAACAAACUGCAUUGCAAUGCCUUCACUCAAUGUAGUUUCUAAUUACAAGCUUGGCAGGAGAGCUUUCAAGAAGAUGGAGGACGUGCUGCAACUACUGCACACAGAGAAGUUCGACAUCGUAGCGAAGAGAUUGCCUCCGGGUCCGGCAAGAGAGCUGGCAACUCCUUCAAUGGUCUCCGAUGUAAAUCCAAACCUUGAGAUGAUAUGCCAAUAUCUCAAAGAGAACACGACCGGGAUCAUUGCGAUAUGGGGCAUGGGAGGGGUCGGCAAAACCACACUCUUGAAGAGCAUCAACAAUGAAUUCUUUCGCGCGAAAGAUGGCAUGUUUGAUCAUGUCAUUUGGGCUGUGGUUUCUCAAGACUACAGCUAUGAAAAGAUUCAAUCCGAUAUCGCCACGAGUUUGGGAUUGCCUUCUACCAAUGCUAAUGCUAAUGCAAUUCAUGAUUUUUUGAAAAGGAAAAGUUUCCUGCUACUGCUGGAUGAUCUUUGGAGUGAACUUGAUCUUGAGAAGAUUGGGGUGCCUCAGCCUAAAAUGCAUCAUGAUGAAGACAAGCACAAGAGGAUGGUGGUGUUCACAACACGCUCGGAGGCGAUCUGUGGUGUCAUGGAGGCUGACAAGAAAAUCAAAAUGGAGUGCUUGGAUCUUGCUGCUGCAUGGCUUUUGUUCAAGGAGAAGGCCGGUGAAGAACUCAUUGCAUCUGACAAGCUAAUUCAAUACCAUGCGGAGAGCAUUGUGAGGGAGUGUGCUGGUCUACCGCUUGCUCUUAUCACAAUUGGCAAAGCAAUGAGUACCAAGAAGACAACAACUGAAUGGGAGUAUGUCGCCAGCAUGAUGAGGAAAUCAAAGUAUCAAAGCAUUCCAGGUAUGAAGAAGGAAUCAAACUUCUUUCCUAUUUUGAAGAUCAGUUAUGACAAUUUGGAAAGUGAUACUUUGAGACAAUGCUUCUUGUAUUGCUCCUUAUGGGGUGAGGAUGUGGAAAUACCAGCUGAUGAACUCAUAGAGUGUUGGAUGGGGCAUGGUUUGUUAGAUGAUUUUGAUGAUCUUAAUGAAGCUUAUAGCAAAGGUGAGACCAUCAUCGGAAACCUGAAAGAAGCAUGCUUACUAGAACCAGUUGACUGGAGCAAGGUGCUGCGUUUGAAUCCUAAAUAUGACAGCCAUGUGAAGCUUCAUGACGUGAUCAGAGAUCUUGCCUUGUGGAUAACUUCAGAUUGUGGAAAAAACAAGCAAGGAUGGUUGGUGCAACCAAACACAAACUUGGAAAGAUUACCUGAAGAUUGCAUCGACAGUGAAGUGAUUAAUUUUUCACUAAACAAAAUAAGAGCAUUGGAUGGAUCUCCUAAUUGCCAUAAACUCAGAACACUGAUACUCUCCGGAAAUUGGCAAUUAGUUGCUAUUUCUACUGAAUUCUUUACAAAAAUGCAUUGCCUCAAGUAUUUGGAUUUAAGUCAUGCUCAUAUCACCACUUUGCCUGAUGAGAUUGGCGGACUCAUUGGGUUGGAAUAUCUCAAUUUAUCAUGGACAAGUCUCAUAUCCUUACCCAUGCCUUUGGGUAAUUUGCAGAACCUGAAGUAUCUAUAUUGUCAAGCAUAUUUGCUAAAGGACAUUCCUUAUGGGCUGAUAGCAAGCUUAACAAAGCUGCAAGUGUUGGAUCUAUAUGGCACUAGUUUCUAUUUCCUUGAAGAAAGAUACCUGGAUGAGUUGUUGAGCUUAACUGAAUUGAAAGGAGUGGGGAUCUGCAUAAAACGGAUCGCUUUAUUGGCAAGACUCUAUCAUGUUCCAAAACAGAGACUUCAUUUGCGAGGCCGAGGUCUUUUGGAUUUUUUGGUCUAUCAGAAGAACCUCUACCCUGAUGAAUUAAUUAAUCUUACUUGGGUCAACAUAUCUCAAUCCCUGCUUGGAAGCAACUGCAAGACAAACCUUCAUGAGUUAAAGAUUUCCAUAAUCACAACAUUACAAGAGUUGGUAAUCACAACACAAGGUGAUAGUUCUUGGUGCCUUUCUCAUCUGAAGACCUUAUCUUUGGUUGGACUCCCCCAAUUAAGGAAUGUCAUUUGGAAAGAUUUGGAAGCAUGUCAUUUUCUUCCCAGCCUUACUCGCUUAGUAAUUGAUGGAUGUGACAGCUUGACUAACUUGUGUUGGACAGCUGAGCUUCCAUGUCUUCAGAUACUCUCUAUAAUGAGAUGCACUGAACUAAAGAGUAUUAUCACAGCUGGUGAUGAAUCUGAUGGUGAUGCAACAGUGACUGAAAAUGGCAACAUUUUCAAUAGUCUCAAGGAAUUGGACCUUUGGGAUAAUCCAAAUUUAGAAUGGAUAUGUGAGGAAGAACUGUCCUUGCCUUCCAUUGAAAGAUUUUGUUUGACUAGAUGUUUCAAGUUGCAAAAGCUCCCACUUGGAUUAGACAGCGCUAAGAAUUUAAAGAUCAUACAUGUGUCACCGGAGAGUGUGUGGGAGAACAUGGAUUGGGUACACAAAGAUCUCUUCUCUCAUUUGGUUCAAGUCACAAUAGCUGGUCCUUUGGUACCCAUUAUGUUUUUUUAGAUCCAUAUUGGCA